GACGCUACAGUAGGCUGUCUCCAUCCAAAGAGGACCAAGCGGCCAAUAAUACAACUCACCAUGGACAGCAACAACAGCAACAACAACAGCAACCGAGCCAGUAGCAGCAGCCUUGCUCAGGACAUCAUCCAGGCGUUGCAAGUGCAAUAUGCUCAUGUCGAAGAAUACUGUCAAGCUCAGACCAAGCUGGGCAAUCUGCUGGUAACGCGAGGAAAAGAAGAAACCAAAGCUGCAGCCAUUCCAAUUCCUGUAGGCCAUCAAGAAUUCCAAGCCAUUCAGUCUCUGGAUCAAGUCAUCCAACAGGUGCGCGAGGACACGGUGGCACUGGAGACCUUGGUGGAAUUAUAUCAUCAAGAAGAACAAGAAGAAGAUGACAUUACUAGUGAUGAACCCAUCAUGACAAUAAGCCACCAUGUGCAGCUGCUCAUGAAGAAACAUCUGGACCUAUCGCGUCGAGUGCUUCAAACUGUUCGAGAACCCUUUCAUUCCAAUGGAAUUCCCAAUGUGACCAUCUCCACACGGCAACAAGGCGGCAGCAACAAUCAAGUUCAAUUGGUCGCUUUGGCAACACUACGAGCUUCCAUGGCACGACUAGCCGAAGCAGUGAAAGGAAGCUAGCUACGGUAGAAGCUAGCGAUACCUGACGAAAUUGAAGGUUCAUUCGACAAUUGUUCCCAAUCAUCAUGAUGGAUUUCUAGCCAUGGUUGGCAGAAUACUAUCCAUUUGGACGCUGAUUCCUUUGCCAUUUUGACCACAACUUACCUGGGUGGAGGGGGCAAUCUACAGAAUAUCAGUCCCUGUCAUGCUUUUCAUUCAAAGAGCGUCGCUUGAUCAGCCCAGUUGUCGUUGAUUUCUGCGGAGCACUCCAAUCACCAUCUGCAAGAGCACUCCAUUGUUGGGGUAUUUGCCAACUCGGAGAUUGCAGAAUCAGUUGCUAGAUUUGAGGUUGCCUGUGGCAUUUUGGAUGAUGCCAUUGA